AUGGAACAGUGGCAGGUCGGCCCCGUGCCCGAGUAUGUCUACUCCAACUCCACUCACCCGCCUAAUGCCAUGCACAAUAAUCCCUAUCAAGCCACCGAUAUGGCCGCUAGGCGCGGUGAGCGCAUCGAGUUUCCCUAUCCUCCCCAGGCUGGCAUGACGGCGCAUCAGCAACCGCACCCUCCUCCCGUUCAACCUCCCAUGAACGUGCCCCAGCCCCAGCAGCCACCCUCGGGCCCAGGCUCCCAGCAGCAGACCCCGACUCCUACACCUCAGCCUGGCCGUCAGCGCAAGCGACCUGCUCCUGGUACUGUGCCCUCACCGGCCACCCCGGCGGCCGUUCCCGCGGCAGCCGCGGGCCAGCCUCCUGCCCCGACGCCCCCCAAUGCUCAGUCGGCUCCGACCCCCGCCAAUGCUGCUCCGGCCGAAGAUGCUAGCGCAACGCCCUCACAACCUCCAGCCAAGAAGAGCCGGACCAAUACACCGUGGACGCCGGCGGAAGAGUUGCGCUUGAAGCAAAUGCGCGAUGCUGGGAACAGCUGGGCCGAAAUCGCCAAGACUUUCCCCACGAGAACAGAGGGAUCAGUAAAGAAGCAUUGGUACAAGGACAUGCACUAUGCCGAGUUUGCUGAAGACGAAAGCCAGGCGCUUCUCAAUGCAAUCAAGGACUACGAAAACAACAAGUGGAAGGUUAUCGGCCAAAAAGUGGGAAAGCCCGCAAAGGCUUGCGAGCAAUACGCCAAGGAGCACUUCCCUGAGCAGUUCGCUAAUACGAAGCGAUGA